AUGAGCGCUCCUUACGUCCGUAUUAGCCAGAUCGCUAGUCAUUUAAGCUCCCAUGAUCCACGUGGUGAAGAAAGUGAAUAUGCGCGGCGUCUACAACAGACCGAGUCUUUUCUACGGGAUAAGCGCUUUGAGUAUGUCAAGCGCCCUUACGGCGCCAAGGACGUAGUGAAGCUUCAAGGCACGAUCCCCGCGUCAAAUGCCGGUGUCGCUAUGUCGCAUAAGCUUUACAAGAUGCUGCGUGAGCUGCAAGACGCUAAAAAGACGAGCCACACCUUUGGUGCACUGGAUACAAUUCAGGUUACGCAAAUGGCCAAGCACUUGACGUCAGUCUACGUCAGCGGCUGGCAGUCGUCGUCCACAGCUUCUACGUCUAAUGAGCCCGGACCGGAUGUGGCUGACUACCCCAUGGACACAGUACCUAAUAAGGUGGACCAGCUCUUUCGUGCUCAACUCUUUCACGAUCGCAAGCAGUACGAGGCUCGUCGCCGCUUGACAGCUGAAGAGCGCGCCCGUAUCCCACCAACUGAUUUCAUGCGGCCGAUUAUUGCUGAUGCUGACACUGGCCACGGCGGGUUGACAGCUGUCAUGAAGUUGACGAAGAUGUUUAUUGAGCGCGGCGCCGCUGGCAUUCACCUUGAAGACCAGAAACCUGGCACUAAAAAGUGCGGCCACAUGGGCGGCAAGGUGCUUGUCUCAGUGCAAGAACAUAUUCAGCGUUUGAUUGCUGCACGUCUACAGGCUGACAUCAUGGGCAGUCCCCUGGUUAUUGUCGCCCGCACGGACGCUGAAGCUGCGACCCUGUUGGACAAUAAUAUUGACCCGCGCGACCAUCCCUUCAUUAUUGGUGCCACCAAUCUCAAAGUGGAAUCCUAUACUGAUGCCACCCAUGCUGGUCGUGAUAGCGACUGGGACAAGCGCGCACAAGCAAUGACGUACCCAGAAGCUGUUCGUGAGGCGUUAAAGAAGUCUGGACGCUCAGACGCAUUGGCCAAGUGGGAAGCCCACUGUUUGGAGUUGAGUCUGCCCCAAUUACAGUCACUGGCUAAAUCGCUUGGUGUGAAUAUCACCUUUGAUUGGGAGCUUGCUCGUACGGUGGAGGGUUACUACCGCGUUCGGGGCGGUGUAGACUAUUGCAUUGCUCGUGGCCGUGCGUAUGGUGAGUACGCAGAUUUGAUAUGGAUGGAGACAGCCAAGCCGGGUGUGCCUCUUGCGCGCAAGUUUGCUGAGGGUGUUAAGGCUAAGAUUCCGCACCAGAUGCUGGCGUACAACUUGUCGCCGUCUUUUAAUUGGGAUGCCGCGGGUAUGUCGGAUAUGGAGAUUGAGACGUUUGUGACUGAUCUUGCUCGCUUGGGCUUUUGCUGGAUGUUUAUUACACUGGCUGGCUUUCACUGUGAUUCGCUGGGCAUCACACGCUUCGCACGUGACUAUGCUAAGCGUGGCAUGCUUGCGUAUGUUGAGGGUGUGCAGCGUGCUGAGCGCAAUGAGGGUGUUGAGACGCUAAAACAUCAGGGCUGGUCGGGCACGGAACUUGUCGACGCUAUGCAAAACACUAUUACGGGCGGGUUGUCAUCGACAAACACGAUGGGCCACGGUGUAACAGAGUCACAGUUUUAA